AUGUACCAGCUGAGGCAUGAAAGCCUGAAGAGCCGGCUGAGGCAUCCUUCGGUUGCCCCGGCAGCGGAACCCAGACCCGACGUCACCUCCAACACAAAAACAAAAAACACUCCUUACUGCUUCCCUUUGGUGAAGCGUUAUUCUGUAGAGGCAGAUGAUGUGCUCACCAAAGAGGAACAGAUCGGCCUGUUGUUCAAAGCCAAACGCAAGUGUGAGGUAGCCAUCAGGAACAAACACAAGCCUGGUGAUGGUUACUGCUCGCCAGAGUGGGAUGGCAUUGUUUGUUGGCCUGAGGGGUCUCCUGGAAAGCUGGUGUCCACUGCCUGUCCAGAGUACAUUUACGACUUCAACCAUAAAGGACUAGCCUAUCGUCGCUGUGACAACAAUGGGACGUGGGAGCUGACCACUACCAACAACAAGACAUGGGCAAACUACAGUGAAUGUGCAAAAUUCCUCUCGCACUAUAACCAAAAUAAUGAGAAGGAAGUAUUUGACCGUUUGUACCUCAUCUACACAGUGGGCUACUCCAUCUCUCUGGGAUCACUUAUGGUGGCUGUGAUCAUCCUGGGUUAUUUCCGGCGGUUGCAUUGUACCAGGAACUACAUCCACAUGCACCUGUUUGUGUCUUUCAUGCUGCGAGGCAUCAGCAUCUUCAUAAAGGAUGUGGUGCUAUACUCUGGUUCUGCCCUAGAGGACAUGGAAAGAGUCAGUGUGGAAGAUCUCAAGUCCAUCACUGAGGCUCCUCCAGCUAACAAAACCCAGUUUAUUGGCUGUAAAUUAGCAGUGACCCUGUUCCUGUAUUUCCUGGCCACCAACUACUACUGGAUCCUAGUAGAGGGCUUGUACCUCCACAGCCUCAUCUUCAUGACCUUCUUCUCAGACAGGAAGUACCUCUGGGGAUUCACUUUGAUUGGAUGGGGGGUCCCAGCUAUGUUUGUGACAGUGUGGGCAAGUGUAAGAGCCACCUUGGCAGACACAGAGUGCUGGGACCUAAGUGCAGGCAAUCUGAAGUGGAUUGUACAAGUGCCCAUUCUAACAGCAAUAGUGGUGAAUUUUAUGCUGUUCCUGAAUAUAAUCCGAGUUCUGGCCACUAAACUUCGAGAGACAAAUGCUGGCAGAUGUGACACAAGACAGCAGUACAGGAAACUGUUGAAGUCUACUUUGGUCCUGAUGCCACUGUUUGGCGUUCACUACAUAGUGUUCAUGGCCAUGCCUUAUACUGAGGUAACUGGAGUCCCCUGGCAGAUACAGAUGCACUACGAGAUGCUCUUCAAUUCAUUCCAGGGAUUCUUUGUGGCAAUUAUAUAUUGUUUCUGCAAUGGGGAGGUCCAGGCAGAAAUUAAGAAAACCUGGAGCAGGAGGACACUAGCGCUGGACUUUAAACGUAAAGCCCGUAGUGGCAGUAACACGUAUAGUUAUGGACCUAUGGUGUCUCACACCAGUGUAACCAACGUCACUGCCCGGGGACCCCUGGCCCUCCAUCUCACCACGCGCCUUGGGGCCCCAGUCACCGUCAACGGGCACCGGAACCUCCCGGGGUAUGUGAAGAACGGUUCCGUCUCCGAGCACUCUAUCCCCUCCUCGGGACAGGAGUUACACAUUCCUGAGGAGGAGCAGCUAUCCGAUAACACGCCACCGCAUUCUGUUGAGGAGGAGAAACCCUCGCCUGUGGUGGAGGAGGAGCGGGAGACCGUUAUGUGA